AUCUUUCAAUUAAGUAUUAUUUUAUUUUAUUAUUAAGAAAUAAAUUAACUUAAUUCAGUUUUAGUUUAAACUAAGUGUAAAACUGUUACGAACAUUUUACUCUCUAAACUAUGUAUAGGACGUGAUUCAUUCGAAGUAACAAAGCUCAUUGUGUUAUAAAACAUUUCCGUGCUUUGUUCUCAUAAAAAUAAUCAUGUUCAACUUAAAAUUCGAAAUUGUAUCCUCACGUACUGUAGAAGGUGUGGAUAAGGAAAAUAAAUUUGUUGCCUAUAUGGUGCAAGCUAGACAGUCAAGAAUAAUCGACUCAGAGCCUGCCAAUGUUGAAAGAAGAUACACCCACUUUCUAGACCUUUAUAAUGGUCUUAAGAAAGAGCGACCAGCAUUGCUAAAUAAUAUUUCCUUUCCGCGUAAGAUUUGUUUUGGAAAUUUUGAUCCUAGUUUAAUAUCAUCACGAUGUGCUGGCUUUGAGGUACUCUUAAAUUUAGUUGCAAGUGAGUCGCAGCUGAGGGACUCGGUGGCUGCCAUAGCUUUCUUUCAAGAUGUGGAAUUAAAUGAAGCAAGACGUCUUAUUGGCGAAGAGAAAUAUGACCAAGCUUUCUCAGUAUUGGAAACAGGCUUUAAGUUAUUAAGUAAGGUAUACACAGACAGAUCACGAGUAGUUCUAAGCGCACUAUGCCGUAUAGUGGCAUGUGCUGGCUGCAGCGGUGGUGCUUUGGCUGGACCAGGUGAACGAUGGGCACAGCUUGCCCUGAGAAGAUAUGAAGCUGUUAGUGACUCUGACCUACUCCUCAUGUAUAUUCCAUUGCUUCACACUUGUAUAUCUAUAUGGGAGACAUUGGGUCGUGAUAAAUCAAAGCUAGUGGAGGAGUUAAACAGUCUCCGAAAACAAGGAAUGAAAGUGGACUCCGUACCAAGUCUAAUGGAAGCUAUUGACAAUUUAAGUACAUCAGUAUAACAUUAUUUCAAAAGUAAUUUGUAAGUGAUUAUAUAAAUACUUGAUCUGGCAAUAACUAUUAAAUCAUCUAGGACAAAAAUAUUUGGUUAAUUUUAAUACAUGUUUGUUGUUUAUGACUAUUCAAUUUUUUUUUUAAAGUUUAUAAUCUGUAUAAAUUAUUUAUUGUUUUAAUAUAUUUUGCAAUUUUAAAAGAAAAAUCUUAUCGCUAUUUAUUAUAGUUUAUAAGUGUUAUAAUUUAUCAUUAUAUAAAAUCAAUUCGAUAAUAUAAAAUUGUAUAUAAUUGACAUCAAAGUUUGUGAAGUUAGUUGUAAGCAUAAAUAUGUAUGUAUAUAAGAAUGACUAGUUACAAAAUAAGCGUUAUAUAAUACUAACUUAAAAAAUUUAAACCAAAAUAAUGCUUUACCUUUGUAAUCACUAAGUUAGUGCCUAAAAUUGUGAUAUUUCUAAUUAACUCUCAUUUCGCGGUAAUUUGCAUUGUUUAUGACUACUCACGAAUCUAUGAUAAGAACAGAUACAAAACUAAACGUAAUUGUGUCGAGUUUUUCAAUUAAUAAAGAAGAUAUUGUUUUAAAAUGUAUUCAAUAUUAACGUUAAUAUUAUAAUUUCAAUUUAAAAGUUACUGUUACAUAUUUAGGGAUAUAAACGUGAUUUCUUUUAUCAUAUUCGCGAUUAUAGACGGUAAAGUAGGUUUCGGAAUGUUUUUCUUAACUUAAACUCAAAAGUCAAAAGUUUAAUAAUUAGUAACUAUUAACAUUCUUACAUAAUUGAUCUGAAUAUUAUAAGAUAAUUACGUAUGUGAUGGUUGAUUUUUUACCGACAUUGAAAAACAAAGGAGGAACAAAGGAGAAAAAAUCUAUAAAGUCUUUUCCUCUUCAUUUAUCUAUCUCGUGGAUUUUGUAAUGAUAUAUUGUUGAUAUUAUUUAUUAGGUUACGGUAGCUAUGUGCUAUUUUAUUAUUUUAUAUUAUUAUUUCUCACUAUGAUAUAUUAAAUAAUGCUUGUCGACUGUCAAAAUAUGUAGACGAAAAAUUAAAAAAUGGGUAUAAUAUGCUGGAAACGCUUAAAAGUGUUUAAUUUUAAUAAAUUAAGCUAUAAAGUAGAGGUUCAAAACCUCUGUUUUAAGCAAGAAGGCAUGAAUGGUCUAUAUUUACCUUUAAGUAACGGUCAGAUGAAUUCACCUUAUUAAACAAAAAGCAAUAUUUUAUGAAAUUCACAAUGCUAAAUCAUAGUUAACUUUAGUUAACGUUUUAUACAUUUGUAGCUCAUAUACAUAAUAUUAUGAAAUAAAAUAUACAUAUUCGGGC